UCCACUUGGGUACUGGCAUUUCGCUUCAGCAUGAUCUCUGGUCUCUGAGAAUUCGCGCAGGCUGGCAUCGCUCGCUCAAUCAACUUCCAAGAACUCACCGCAUUUUCCCUGCCACUUUCUAGCGAGCCGGUUUUCACUCACAGCGGGUCUCAGAAGGUCGAAUGGCCGGGCGCAGAGAGGAUCUCGUGCGAAAGUCACCUCACCUGGCAUGACCCACAACCACCCUUAAGACCCCUCUCUCCCUCGUUCUUCCUCAUUACCCCUCCUUCCAGUCAUGUUAGCACUCGGUGGGCUGAUCCUCUUCAUUGUCUAUAAUACCUCGCUCGUCGCCUCCAGCUCCCUCCCCAAAAACGAACGCUGCGUAACUGCGAUCUACACUGCCUAUGGAUACAUUACCUUCGCCGCGCACCCCGACGUGGGUUUUUGGGAGACCCGGUGUCACAACCCGCUAGAGGUCACCUCCAUCUACGCCUCUUCGGACAUAUAUUGCCGCCCAGCGGAGAGAGAAGCAGGAAUUGCACAACUGGAGAGGUCAUGCCGAGAGUACGGGGAUGUGGACCUGAUACCGCGAGAGCAGCUGGCCGAGAACCUCACCCGAGAUGCUCUUCGUCGCAUGCCAGUUGUCAAAUAUCUGGAGAUACCGAGAAAGCACCCUGUCAACACGCCGGUUUUGCUCGCACCCAGUCAUUAUGACAUUGUCUUUAACACUAUUGAUACUUGGGAGUUCGAAGUAUGGACUCAUUACGCUUAUGGAUUGGCUGGGUACGGAUUCUGGUUAUGCAUACUCAGCUUAGGCAUGCUUCAGCGGCUAGUACAUCACAUUAUUCAAUCUCAGGUGGUGCAAACCAGCUAUAGGUCUAGCUCAGGACUACGUCGACUAUGCUUGCCCACACAGAACCUCCGCCACUGGAUACAGGUGUAUCUGGUGGUUCCUCAUCCUCUACAACCCCAGAGCCGCAAAUUGCUCUGGUGGACCUUUCCCACACGCCUAGACGCGAUAGUUGUGCUUAUCUUCUGGGCCUUGAGCAUUGCUGUGUGUACCGUGAGCUAUCGACUCAUCCCGGAUAAUAUCUACUGGCCCGAUAAACAAUCACAGCUCCUCCGAUACGCAGCGGACAGAACUGGGAUAGUAUCCUUUGCCAACAUUCCAUUACUCUGGCUCUUUGCGGGCCGCAACAACAUCUUCAUCUGGGCAACAGGAUGGAGCUUUGCCACUUUCAACCUGUUCCACCGCCACGUGGCCUGGAUAGCCACCAUUCAGGCUGUUGCUCAUACUUUCCUUUACCUCUUCAUUAUGUACGAGAAGGGCAGACUGCUCAAAAAGCUGACGAAACCAUAUCUGUUAUGGGGAACAGGGGCAACAAUCCUUAUGGUUCUGCUCCUACCAUUAGCCAUCCAGUGGUUUCGGCACCGAUCCUAUGAACUAUUCCUCAUUAUACAUAUUAUAUUCUCCGUUGGGCUUCUAGUUGGAUGUUUCUAUCACACUAUAAUCUUCUCCGACCACGAAUACUGGACCUACCUGUGGUCGGCAGUGGCCAUUUGGGCCGUGGACCGGGCACUCCGUCUGAUCCGCCUUGUCUACUGCAACAUCCACGUGCGAGUCAAUGCCGGAAACAGUAUACAGCACAGCAAGAGCUUUGCCAGCUAUGAUGCGUCGGCAGACGUGAUCCGGCUCGAGGUUACCCCCGGCUCGAAGCUUCUCUGCCCUACGCCAGGACAGUAUUACUAUCUCUACCAACCAUUCCGGCUGACAGGCUGGGAAAGCCACCCCUUCACCCUGGGUCACUGGUACUACGAAGCCGACUACAAAGAUGCAUCCCCCACCCCACCACUAACCAAGGGCGACCAUACGAUCGACGUGACCCAGGUCCCCCUCCUCUCCGACUCCUCCUCCGAGUCCACAUCGGCAGAGGCAAUCCAGCUCAAACGUGACGCCCCUAGCGGCUUGAGACUUGUCUUCUGGAUCCGACCCUACGACGGAUGGACCCGCAAACUCCGCGACCAAUGCAUCCGAUCCCCGACCCAGACCAUAGACAGCACCAUCCUUCUGGAAGGCCCCUACGGCGAGCAGUUCCCGCUCUGGAACUAUGAAUCCGUGCUCCUGAUAGCCGGCGGAACCGGCAUCGCCUUGAUAAUCCCCUACAUCCAUGGGCACCUCUUACGUACAUCAGAAGACCCCGACCAAGCAUCUACCCAGAUUCGAGACAUACAGCUCGUCUGGGUCGCGCGACAGGCCGCGUUUAUCCGACAGCUUGCCGCCCGCGAGUUAGCACCGGCCUUGACGCGCGAUGACUUCCGAGCAUCUUUCUAUGCCACAGCCAAGCAAGCUCCACACGACCCGGAUCGGUUGGAAUCCAUGGAUGAGCUAGAGGUGGCACAGGGACGACCGAACGUGGAAAGCCUUGUCUUAGCGCAUGCGCAUGCAGCGCAACUCAGCGAGUCGUCUGUGGCGGUGUUGGUGUGCGGUCCGACAGCCUUGGCAGAUCAGACUCGGGCUGCGGUGUGCUUGGCUUUACAGCGGGGGUAUCGGGGGAUCCGCUAUGUCGAGGAGUCGUUCAGUUGGUAAUGUGUCACGAUUUAUGACUGACUUUGAUGUGUCCUUUGCGCUUGUACAGAAAGACUGCUUAGAUAUUGAAUUCUUGAUUGUUAGGUAUUGGUGUUGGCAUAUAUAGAGAUGAACAGUUUUGCAGAUAUUGAGGUAAGCACAGAAGGUAUGAUGCCACUAUAGCCCUAUGGUUGUUUAUUUAUAGCUAGACGGUUGCUAUGAGAAGAGGAGUGAAGGAUUUGUCUACUCC